AUGUCUGAGGCCUCUUCUCCUCUUAAGUCUCAAUUGACUGCUAUUAGCAUUAAUUACGUGAUCGAACGGGGCGUUGGACCUAAAGGCGUAAAACUGGUCAAAUGGACGAGGAACCGCUGGAGUGGGAGGCCGAAAUCGAGUAAGGUCUGCACAAGUGAAAACAGCCCCGUAGAUCUGCUGGAUCCUCCAAACGUCGUUAAGGCCAUACCUUGUAUGAGUAGGCUGGGAGGGGGCAAUCAGAGCGGUUAUGCUCGUGUGGUUUUGACAUCAAGCCUGGGUUGA